CUGACUCCCAAUUAACAAUCACGCAUAAAAUGUCAUCAAAAGAAGAGGAGCCUUUAAAAGCGGUAAAAAAUAUAAAAAAGAAAACUUUAAAAGAAAAGAUAGUCUAUAUAAAAGAAAAUAUAACAUUAGAACCUGUUUUAAUCACUUAUGUUAUACCAGGAGUUUUGGCUAGACUGGCUACCCAAAACCUAAAUUUAGACAAGGCCUGCCGCGUGAAUUUAAAGUAUGGAGACGCUGUGUGCAACGCACUCAUAGCUAAAGAAGGCACAAAAUACCAAAGAGAAGAACUAAUGGUACAGCAACUUAUAGCUUCUAUGGAAGCAUGGAAGAACAUUAUUUUAACCGCAAUACCGAGUUUCUUGAUUCUAUUCAUAGGAGCAUGGAGUGAUAGAACUCGAAAAAGAAAAAUUUGUAUCAUACUACCUGUAUUCGGAGAUUUAUUGAUGUGCUUGAGUAAUAUUCUUAACGCUUAUUAUUUUUAUGAAAUACCAGUUCAAAUAACAAUGUUUCUUGAGGCAUUCUUGCCAGCGAUUACUGGUGGUUGGAUAACGACAUACAUGGGUGCAUUUAGUUAUAUAAGUGAGAUGUCUUGUGAAGAAACAAGGACUUUCAGGGUUGGCAUUGCUAACCUUUGCUUAACUGCUGGAGUCCCAAUUGGAACGGCACUGAGUGGAAUACUACUGAAACACAUAGGGUAUUAUGGUGUCUUCUCCUUGAGUUCUCUACUAUUCUGCUUUAGUAUAUGCCAUGGGUAUUUCUAUAUAAAAGAUCCUGAGAAGCCGAAAUUAGACGAAGAAAAGGAAAAACUAGGUUUAUUUGCAUCAGUAAAGUCAUUUUUUAACAUCCGACAUGUUAAAGAUACAGUCACUGUAGCAUUUAAGAAAGGACCCAACAAUCGGAGAGUGAAAUCCAUUUUGAUAUUGUCUUCCAUUGCAUUUAUAUACGGACCAAGUUAUGGUGAGUACACCGUACGCUAUCUCUUCACUCGCAAUCGUUUCAACUGGGAUGCGCUUAAAUACAGCUUCUAUAAUACAUUCUACAUAUUAGUACAUUUUCUCGGUGCUUUAAUAUCGAUAAGUUUGUUUAGUCGAAGAUUAAAAUGGCAAGACGCUACGCUGGGUCUCAUAUCGACUGUCAGCAAAAUAAUCGGCGGCUUAGCUACGGGAUUAGCGAGGAACUCCUUGGAGAUGUAUCUAGCUGUAGCCAUAGAAAUAUUCAACGCGACGUCAUUCACAGCACUUAGAGCUAUUUCAUCAAAAUUAGUUACAAGUGACGAAUUAGGAAAGAUGAUAUCGAUAUUCAAUUUAACGGAAGUCCUGACAUCGAUGGUUUUCGGACCUAUUUACUCCUGGAUCUACAUGAUGACACUGAAAAUUGAUGCGGGUGUCAUUUAUUACUGCAGUACAGUACUUACAAUACCACCAGUUAUUAUUUUUACUUGGUUUUACAUACAAGACAAAAAGGAAACCAUCCGGGAGGGAGAUGAUGUCCACUAUGAAAAAGGAUCGACGGAACCAAAAAAUAAAAGAAAUCCAGACACUUUAGUUAAUAGUGUUGAUUUAAAUGAAGGCUUGUGUUUUAUUGAAUAAAAUAUGUUUACAUU